GCUAAGCAUUUAGAGCAGUGAAACUUGAAGUCAUUGGAAGUGUCUGUAAUACCAGGACAGACUCAAGAGAAUAUCGUGACACUGCUGAGAGGCUGCGAGGAUGGCACUCACACAAGCUGCGCUGCCCUCCUUCAGGAGUUUCUACUCUUCUCAGGACUCUCUCAAGUGGUGGAAGUCGGACGAUCACCCUCCUCCUGCGCCGACCUCCUCCGAGCUCCAGCCUGACCUUCCCCCCCAGCCCCUGCUGCAGCAAGAACAGAGGGACCCGAGCAGUGCAUGCUGGGACCUGGAGUUCUUUGUGUCCGGCUUCAACACUCCCGGCUGUGAGCUGGGCUCAGCAUUGGACUGCAACUCCCACCCGCCCCAGCAGGCCAGCGCGAGGCGCGGGAACGGGGGGCUGCACCACCUCAGGGAGAAUGCAGCGGAUCCUAGCAGCAGCUUGAUGGCCGAUCUGCUGGCGUCUCAGCAGGUUCCAUCGACCUACACCACUGUGGAUAGCCAGGCUCACUACACUGAGCACCAAAAACUGCACCCCAGCAUCGGGGAUCCCUCUAGAGACUGCUUAGGGUUCUUUCUGGGGAACGGGUGGAGUGGAGAUUGGGACCCCAAAGUGACCGGCGGUCCUUCCAUCGAAGGGCACUUCCGCCCAGACCGGGCGUUACAUCACCAGCCUCCCAUGAUGCAACACCUCGGCUUGCUUCACAAUUACCCCCACAGCGGUUCCUACCAGGACCUGUUCCAGAGCCAGCAAUACCUCCAGUUUCAACCCCCAGAGCACACCGGCUUGUUCGUCACCCCAGCUCCUCCGUCUUCUUGUUUUUUCAACGCUGGCUUGACUCUGCUAGCGCCCUCCAGUGACCUGGAGGGGAAGCGCAGGGGCAAGACAGCAGCCAGGAAGCGAGUGGCCGUGCAUUGCUGCGAGCACCCGGGCUGCAGCAAGACCUACACCAAGAGCUCACACCUGAAAGCACACCGGCGCACACACACGGGUGAGAAGCCCUACCACUGCACCUGGCAGGGCUGCGGCUGGAAGUUCGCCCGCUCCGAUGAGCUGACCCGACAUUACCGCAAGCACACCGGCCAGCGCCCGUUCCAGUGCCAGCGGUGCGAGCGGGCAUUCUCCCGGUCCGACCACCUGGCGCUGCACAAGAAGCGACACGCCUGAACACGCGGCACGCAAUCCACGCAGCGCACGGAUCCUUCAUUCAGCUAAAACCCAACUGCAGUGCCCCCUCUAGUGGCCAGAUCCAUGUAGCGCGUCUCACAGUUGCCUGUAAUGCUUUGAGUAAAUGAGAUGAAAAUCGAAACCAAGCAGAAACGAACAAGUAAAUGAAGCAUCGCGGGAGAGACAAGUGAGCGGUGGACUGGUGUUUAAACCAUAUACCAUUAAAAACAUAUACAGAACUAGACCCGCCAACGGAUGACUUUGAGUGAGAUGCAUGCUUACAGAUCUGCCGCUGAGAGGAGAGAGCUGUAAGCAAUGUAAACAGGCAGAUAGGCUCAGCGUUUAUCCGAGUUUAAUUCAUUUAGCUUCAAUACAAGUA